GGGCUGCGCGUCAGCUUGUUAAACUCGAGAAUGACAUUUGUCAUUUGGUGAAAUUUGUAAAGGAACUUGUUUAUAUAAUCUAGUCGAAGUGAUUUUAGGUACAAUGGAUAAGUUAACCGUUAUUUCAGGAGCAUUAUUUUUAACCGCUGACAUGUUUGCCGUUGCCAGCUUGAUCCUUCCCGACUGGAUCGUAUCUGACGUCGGUGGUGAUACACGUUUAGGACUAAUACAGACGUGUAUGACAAUUUACGGACGAACACAGUUAUGUUAUGCACCUAAUUUGCAGCCGGAAUGGAUGCUGACUUUGAUAUGUAUUAUAAUUGGAUGUUUAUGUGUAACUAUAACUAUUGUGCUCUUGGUAAUUUCUCAAUGGAAUAUCUACGUUGUAUCUUAUGCUAGAUGGGUUGGAUUUUCUGCCAUGGUUCUCUUCUGUUUAGCUGCAGUUAUUUUUCCUAUGGGUUUUACCAUGGAAGAGAUUGGAGGAGAACCUUAUCAAUUACCAAGCAGUCAUCAAGUUGGACUCUCCUAUAUAUUCUUUGUUUUAGCUCUGUGGAUUACUGUCAUUUCAGAGUUGUUUGCAGGAAAAGUGUGUAUGCCACACUUCUAAUUAAUAUUCAAAAUGCUUUCUGUAAUUCUAAAUAGACUGUAGAUGGAUACUGUGUCAUUUAUAUUUAGAAUAUGAAAGCAUAAUUGGUUUAAAAUUGUUUAUACUUAGAAAAGUGUACACUGUACAUGUUACUCUACUGUGUAAAUAGACUAUUAUUUAUUUUUAUGCAUAAAUGUAAUGUUUUUUAGUGUGUGUAAAAUUGAUUGUCUU